GCUGAUUUCCGCAGAUUUCCGUGUUUCAUGAAAUACAGGACAAUUACUCCAAUAAGUUUUUGUAAUAUCAGCUUUCCUGAGGAAAUUAUAGAAUGAGACACGAUUAAGUGAUGUUUUUUUAUUAACUGGAUAAUUAUACUUUCUACUAAGACGUGCCAAGUAAAUACGGAAUGGAGAAUAACCUCAGUCGAAGUGGGAGCCGAUCGAGUUCUGUAUGUGAACUUGAAAAGGAUCUUAGCGAUAUGAAAAUAAUGAAAUCUAGGACGAAUCCACGCAAUACUGUGGGUUCCGCACGAAAAGCAAAACGAAUAAGGUUUUUUCGAAACGGUGACAAAUUUUAUUCAGGAGUCACGAUUCCAGUCUUGCCAGAACGAUACAGAUCAUUUGAUAGUUUGACUGCAGAUUUGACUAGGGCAUUAGUUGAUAAUGUUACUUUACCAAGUGGUGUAAGAACAAUUUAUUCACUUGAAGGUAGAAAAAUAGGAAAAUUAGAUGAUCUAGAGGAUGGACAAUCUUAUGUGUGCAGUGGUUUUGGUGAACCUUUUAAACGGUUAGAUUACGAAGCUAGUGCAGUAACACCGCAAUCUUUUAGACUUAGUGGCCCUGAGUCUUUAAAUGAUAGUGCCAGUCCAUCACCUGCAAGAGCUAACAAUAGACCGUCCCGUUACUUACUAACAAAUGGUAGUAACAAUACUACUGGUAAUGGGAUGGCGCGAGUGAGUCCUGCAGGAGACAAUGUGGUCCGACCACGCAUAGUCACAAUUAUAAGGAAUGGAGUUAAACCACGGAAGGUAUGCAGGUUACUUUUAAACAAGAGGAACAGCCCGACAUUGGAGCACGCGCUGGCCGCAAUAACAGAAUGCAUCAAACUGGACACUGGCUGUGUGCGGAAAGUGUUCACACAGUCGGGUACUGCUGUCUCCGCUUUGCAUCACUUCUUUGAAGAUGAAGAUGUCUUCUUUGCCUAUGGAAAUGAAAGAGUUAAUCAGGAAGAUUUUGAAUUAGAAUUUGAAGAAAGCAAAGCUGUCUUACAAUGUAGAAAAACCCCAAUCUCAAGAAAUUCCAGGUCGGGUCCGAAGCCGCGGAUGCCGGUGAAGGCGAGCGGAGCGGCGGCGGCGGCGGCGGCAGGCGCGGGCGGCGCGGAGAGCCGGGACACUGAGCCUGCUGCAGCACAGCUGCUACCUCAUCCCCUGUGUCUUAAGUACUCCGUUGGCAAAAUUAUUGGUGACGGCAACUUCGCUGUUGUAAGAAUAUGCAGAGACAAGAAUACCGGCAAGGAAUAUGCACUGAAGAUUAUUGACAAAGCUAAAUGCAAAGGAAAGGAGCAUUAUGUUGAAGCAGAGGUUCGAGUAAUGAGAAAGCUAUGCCAUCCACGCAUUGUUUCCCUUAUAGAGCAACAAGACUGUCCCGAGUGGUUGUUCCUCGUUAUGGAACUCGUUGGCGGUGGCGACCUAUUUGAUAGCAUCGCGGCCGUGUGUAAGUUCUCAGAGCCGCAGGCGCGCUUGCUGAUAGGUCAUCUAACAUCCGCCAUCGCGUAUCUGCAUUCUCUGUACAUCGUGCAUCGCGACAUCAAACCUGAAAACUUAUUGGUGGAAGUGGGUGGAGACGGCAGCAUACGCGGCCUGAAGCUUGCGGACUUCGGGCUGGCGGUGGAGGUGAACCGGCCGCUGCACGCCGUCUGCGGCACGCCCACAUACGUCGCACCAGAGAUACUCCUCGAGACCGGCUAUGGAUUAAAGAUCGACGUGUGGGCGGCGGGCGUGAUCCUGUACAUCCUGCUGUGCGGCUUCCCGCCGUUCUCGUCUCCGGACGGGGACCAGGAGAAGCUGUUCGACGCGAUCCUGUCUGCGCGGCUGGAGUUCCCCGCGCCGCACUGGGAGCGCGUCUCCGCCGGCGCCAUCGACCUCGUCGCCAACAUGCUGCGCCCCCAGCCCGACCUGCGCUUCGCCGCCGAGGACGUCCUCGACCAUGCCUGGAUGUCGGAUGACUACGAUGAGAGCUGCGAUUUCCGCACAUGGUACGAUGACGACUCCUCAUAGCUGAGCGGGCGCAGUCCCCGGGGCACGAUGUCGGAGCCCUAACGCCCCGGGCACCACACUAAUGCUAAAUAUGCCACAGUACAGGCUACUGCCACGACCACAGCUCUGUAUGCCUUUAACUCUACACCAAUACCAAAGUUAUUCUCUAAUGUAUGUGUUAAAAAUAUAACAAUUAUACAGUAGAAUUUUGGCCUUUGUUCAGUUUGUCAGACAAAUUCAAGUGAAGCUGCAGUUGUGCUUUUUUUUUACUUUCUUCCAUUUUAUAAGUCAUAGUGAAUUAACGAAAUAGUUUUUACUUAAAAGGUGCAUGUCGAAAUGUAUAUGAUGGUGGCUGAUUUAAGUAUUAUUUUGAUAAUCGAUUCUUUCUGUUGUAAGACAACGAUUAUUUCAUUUAUUUGGAAAGGAAAUGUUGAAAACAUAUUUAAUUAAAAUACAGAUAUGACGCGUAUGUAAAUAAUUCAAGACGUGUUCUGAAUAUUUCAGCGAAAUUUAAAAUGAAUUUUAUAGUAGUGUGCAAGCAUAAAAAUUAAUAAAAUUAUUUAAAAAAAAUACAAAAAUGAAAAAAAAAACAUCAAAAAUUUAUCAUAAAUUCUAAGUCGCCUUCUGAUAAAAGCCGUAAAUUAAGAUUUAGUUUAAUAGAAACACUAAACGGUUUACAAUUUAGUGUGUUAAUUUAUUUCACAAAUUUAUUAUUAUUAUAAAGAAACUCACUAAAAUUUUGAACUGUAAUCAAAUUCAAUGGAAAAGAGAAAUUACCAUAAACAAUUUUACCUUUAUAGGUCUGUAAUCACAGACUAAUUAAAGUAGACAUGUUUGAUCAUCAAUUUAAAAACACUUAAACUAUACAAAAUCCAUAGACAAUAAACGAUAUUGUCAACCAACAUAUAUAUUAUAAAGAGGAAAGAUUGUUGAAACUAUUGAACCAAUUUAAAAAAUAUAUUUCAUAGUUGUAAAGCUAAAUUUACUCCCAGUUACGUAGACUAUAUUUUUGACUAGAUUUGUUUUAAUAUCACGCAGAAGCUACGGGCAACUGCUAGUAUAUAAAAAUAAUAUCUAAUUUCCAUUGAAUUGUAUUAUAGAUAGAUUUAUUUUGAUCAUUAUUGUUGCAGGGACUUGAAUACAUUUUGCAGUGCUAAUUGUUAAAAACAUGAAAUAUGUACCAAUUUGAUAGUCUCUGGAAUGUAUUUCCUGUACUUUAUUACAUAGAUAUAGGGUUAAAGAAAUUAUAUGGUAUUUAUAUAAAAAUAUUUUAUUUUUAAGUUGCUGUAACAUAUAACAUUUAUUUAAUUAUUUUAUAUUAGAACAGCAUAUGCUUAAUUAGGUUAAUCGCAGACAACUUAGUAUUGUGAUUGUUCGCUUCAAUGAUUAUUGUAACAGUUUUUUUAACAUUCCCGUUAAAUAUUCAAGUGUAUCACUGUCUUUAUAUUUUAGUUAAAACGUAAAAUUUCACAUAUUUAAUUCCUUUUUUGUUACUUUUGAUAUUAUCACGUAAUUUGCAGUCUCUAAACACAUUAACAUAUCAUCCAUCAAUGAAACAAGCAAUUUGUUUGAUACGAUGAAAUGUAAAUCUUGAAAAAGAUAUAACAAAACAUUUUCGAUAAAUCCUUAUUUUCGCUUUUUUUUAAGAGUCUUAUCAAUUUUAAUUUCAUGAUUAAUAACGUGAAAAUUCGUAAUGGCUGUCGUGUUGAAUUUGAAGUUUCCCUAAUUUAAGCGCUUGAUCUAAACAAGGUAUUAAUUGCCUGUUAAUGUAAUUUAGAUUUGACAAUAAAUGAUCUCGCAUAUAUCAUUUUUUUACAAAUCCUACGUGAUUGGAAAUCCAGUGUUUGCUAUUGUAAGAUGAACUGCCAUUUUAACAAUGCACUGAUGGUACUAAAUCGUAAUGGUUGCAUUAGACCGACUAGGAUACCUGACCCGGUGACCAUAAGUCAAACUAAUUUAUGAUUGCUCACUAGCGCCCUCCUUUCAACGUAAAAGCGUCACAAAAUCCUUAUCGAACUGUAUAAGAUCGACAAGGUUUGACCCGGUGAGCAUAAUUUAAUCUAAAUUAUGAUUAAACUUAUAUAAAAACGGCUAAACACUCACGUAUAUUCGUCCGGUGGCGGAACCGACUAGUGAGCGACGGGCCGCGUCCGCAAAAUAAUACCAGUCACACUCACCCUGAAGAAGGGUCCCCGAUGAGCUCGAAACUAGUCGGUGCCGCCACCGGACGAAUAUACGUCACUCACGUAUAGUAGCCGUUUUUAUAAGUUUAUUA